CUCGGACAUGUUUCUUGUCUUGUCACUUAUUGCGUGAAGAGUAAAAAAGUCUAGACACUUCAGAAUUGCAGGAACAACGGGAAAUGAGUGAAUAAUAUUGGUAAUUAAGUCAGUCACACUGAAAGAUAAGCUUGAUUGAUUGAUUACAUUAUUGAGAAGUAAAGUCAGAAAGCAAUACAAGAUGCGACGACCGUGUGGAGCCUGAGUGAUCAGCUAUUUCAUGCCUAAGUAUAUGUUCGUCGUGGUCAAUAAUUAUUAAAUGGCAAUCUCACGGAAAUUAUAUUUAUUUCGCAUAUAACUAACGCCAACCGAUGGGAGCCAACAAACUUGUUAAGCGAAGGAAUAAAAAAAUAGUUUUUCAGUCUUUAUUCAACCAAAUUGUAUGCCGAUCAAAUAAGCUAUACAAGGGAUCGGUGACAUUGGAAGAAAAUUUGCUCCACCUUCUGGAUUUUAUGGACAAAUGUCGAAAAAAGUGGCGAAGUGUUUUUGUUAAGCUUUAUUCUAUCUUGUGCGUCCAAAGGUCAGAAGUUAAACGACUGAAAAACUUGCAGGCCCAUACUCAAUCUAUGUUUGAAGCUGAGUCGCAAAAACGAAGUCAGUUAGAACGAUCUAAAAGAUCUCUUGAACGCAAAGUCAAUAUUAUAAGAAAAGUGCUACUUGUAAACGACAUUGAAAGGGCCAAACGUCAUCUUGAAACAAUCGACCAGUCAACUAGUAAAAUCAAUCAGUCUUGUAACGAAGAUGCUCAAAAUGAUUGUUCAGAGAAUUCUACAGGAAAUGCUAGUACAUCUAUUGACACAAUUCCUUUCGUUAAUAAAGGACGGACUAGUAGUGCUUAUGUCUCGGGUACAUUGUGCAGGACAAGUACAGCUGAUCAUAAUGGUAUUGUCAGGCGCUCUGCAACAAGGCAAGAAUUGCGGUCUUCUGCUGUGCAAAAGUUUAUAUUACGUCGUUCUAGAGAUAACUGUUUUCAGGUUGACGGUGCACAGCGUCUGGGAAUUAUUAAUCGGCUAAACCGCCCACACAAUUUUGUUUCACGGACAGUGUUACGAAUGGAGGUGUGUAGUGCUUGUGGUCGUCGGAUUACUUUUGGUAAAGCAUCCUACAAAUGUUUAGUUUGUCGUCUAGUUGUUCAUCCCGCUUGCCGACAAAAGCUUACUCAGACUUGUGUACCGCCAAGCAUGCCGAACCCAGUAUCCACUUUCCAGCCAAAUUUUCCUAGUGUAGCAGCAUCACAAAACACUUCGGUUCUCAUGCCUGUUUCACCGAAAGCACAGCCUCAUAUACACGGUUCUACAGAUGCAGUUUCAUCUAGCCCAAAACUUCCUAGUAGGAGGCAACCAUAUAGCAUAAAUUUAUCUUCGCUAUGUCCACCUGACCAAUUUCCAUGUAUACCUGCUCUCGUAAUACACUGCGUUAAUGAAGUCAUGGUGCGUGGUAUGACUACUGUCGGACUUUAUCGUGUUUCUGGUUCCGAAAAGCAAGUUAAAAAUUUGUUUGAAAAAUUCCUACACAGUCGCACUACACCCAGUUUGGCUUUAAUCGAAGAUAUUCACGUGAUCUGUGGUUGUUUAAAGUUGUUUCUACGUAGUUUAGAGGAACCUUUAGUUACUUAUCAUCAAAGGCCAAAUCUAGUGUCAGCCAGUAAAAUGUACACAAGUCAUCCGAACAAAGCACAUGAAUGUGUUUUGGAUGUUUUGAAGAAUUUACCAACACCUAAUCGCCAUACUUUGUCGUUUAUCAUGCUUCAUUUAAAGACCAUUUGUAAAACACCGGCUUGCAAGAUGGAUGAAGAGAACUUCUCAAAGGUGUUCGGUCCGACGCUGGCUGGUUAUUCCUGUCCAGCACCUCAUGUUAUGCAGGCUAUUUCAGAGACGAAACCUCAGCAAGAUGUUGUACGAUUGCUUUUCUCUGUGUCUGGCGAUGUAUACUCAUCAAUUCUCUCGGAUUGGAAUGAUGGCUGUGGAAAUGGUGAACUGUGUGACUCCUAUUUCAAGACAUUAGUUACCGAUAUGAAUUUGUCACAACAAACAACAAGUGCACAUUGUUGUAAACCCAUUGACAUGCGAGUACCUGCUCGUAAAGGAUUUCUGCCUAACUUCUUGACGUCAUUGCGAGAUCCACCUAAGUAAUAACCUCCUGCAAUAACGUUAGAAAUUUAAUAUUUUAUUCUUAGCAAGAAGUAACC